AUGACAAGCAAAUGGUGCCAGGACGGUGCGCUUGGCCGGCCGCGACCAAGGAACCAGGGGUCGGCGCAGUCGGGACACGCGCAGAGUCGUUCCAUCCGGGCCGCUCUCGAUCUCCUGGCCUUGGGCGUCGCGUUCCGUUCAGGUCCCGAGGAGCCACGCUCCAAGGGGAGACGAGGCACGGCGCCAGGUAUUGGGUACGUAGCUGUACCGCUGGCGCCACAACGAACUUAA